AUGGCACCCCAGAAGAUCAAGCAAUGGAAAUCCGGUCAGGAUGGUCUGGACAAGCUAUACAUGGAAGAGGCCGACAUCCCAACACCAGGCGAGGACGAGGUUCUUGUCGAGAUCCACUCGGUCUCGCUGAACUUCAGGGAUACCGAGGUCUGUAUGGGACUUUACAACCAUCACAAGCAGGUUGAGCAGCCUCCAGCAGUCGUUCCCGGCAGUGACAUGUGUGGUAUCGUGGUCGCAGUCGGACCUUCAUCCAACAACUCUUCCGAUCCCUACAAGAACCCCGCAUUUGGCCUCAAGGAAGGCGACCGCGUCGUCUCGACCUUCGCGCAGACCCACAUUACCGGCCAGGUGCAAGCACGCGACAUGGGCAACGGCCUCGGCAACCCCCUUCCCGGCGUCCUGACACAAUACCGCGUUUUUCCUACAUACGGAGUACUGAAGGUGCCCGAUUACCUUUCUUUCGACGAGGCAGCGUGCCUGCCCAUCGCAGCCGUCACAGCCUGGAUGAGUCUGAACUGCAUGCGUCCCGCCGGUUCAGUCAUUGGCGCCGGCGAGACAGUUGUGUGCCAAGGCACAGGCGGUGUCUCCAUCUCCGCUGCACAGAUUGCCAGUGCGGCAGGCGCAGACGUCAUCAUCACAUCGUCCUCUGACGAGAAGCUGGAGCGCGCGAAGAAGCUCGGCGCCAAAGAGGGCAUCAACUAUCGCAACACACCAGCCUGGGAUGACGCAGUUCUCAAGCUCACGAACGAUCGUGGUGCAGACGUCAUCAUCGAAGUUGGCGGUGCCCAGACCCUGCGCAAGUCUUUCGAGUGUGUGCGCUUUGGCGGCUUGAUCGCUUGCAUCGGGUAUCUGUCAGGCAAGCAGGAUGAGGAGGGCGACAGGACGAAUACGAACUUGCUGUGCUUGAAGAGGAAUGUCACACUAAAGGGCAUCAUCAACGGCCCACGAGACGAGUUCGAGCGAAUGCUGAAGUUUUACGAGGAGAAACAGAUUAGGCCUGUUGUUGACAAGGUGUGGAAGUUCGAGGAGGCCGAUCAGGCGCUGAGGUACUUGUUCAGCGGCGGGCAUUUUGGGAAGGUCGUCAUCCGUGUCAAGGCGUAG